AUGCUAGGUUUUGUAUCGGAUAAGCCUAUGGCUACCACGACGGUAGCUCAGGAUUCAUCUUCAAGUACAAAUUCUGCAGUUAUAGCUGAGAAAAGUCAGUUACAAAGAUUCAAGGACUCCUUUAAGAGAGCGCAUGGUACAGAAAAGGAUGACCAUGCUAUAGAGGAACAGGGCUUCGGUUCCGAGUUGAGUAUGGCUCAAAAGAAACUGAAGCAAAACAUAAAAACCAGGCAUUUGACCAUGAUUUCGCUAGGCACUGGUAUCGGUACGGGUCUACUAGUUGCAACGGGUAAAGCUCUUCAUUAUGGUGGUCCAGGUGGUCUAUUCAUUGGAUUCCUUUCUUCAUCUACCAUGUUGUACUGUGUUGUUCAGGCUUGUUGUGAGCUAGGUGUUGCUUACUCAGGGUUACCAGGUAAUUAUAAUGUGUAUCCUACAUUCCUGGUCGAUCGUGGUUUUGGUUUUGCAGUAUCUUUAGUCUAUGGUUUACAGUGGAGUAUUGUGCUGCCAUUAGAGCUUGUUACCGCUUCUAUGACCAUUAAAUACUGGACCGAUACUGUAAAUCCUGAUGUCUUUGUUGCUAUAUUUUAUGUUUUCAUCAUUGGUAUUCAUUUCUUCGGUUCAAGAGGCUAUGCUGAAGCAGAGUUUGUUUUUAAUAGUAUGAAGGUCAUUCUUAUGGCCGGUUUUGUUAUUAUGGGGAUUGCCCUUAAUAGUGGUGCUUCCAACCAGGGAUAUAUUGGUGCUAGAUAUUGGAGAGAUCCUGGCAGUUUUGCAGGUCCACAUCACAUCGAUGCUUUCAAGGGGUUAUGUUCUGUUUGGGUCCAAAGUGCAUUUGCGUACGGUGGUUCUGAAUUUAUUGCUUUGACAGCGGCUGAGCAAGCUAACCCUGGCGAAUCUGUGCCCCGUGCUACUAAGAGAUGGGUAUAUAGAGUGGUCUUCGUCUUUUUGUUACCUAUUCUCUUGGUUUGCUUCUUGGUGCCUUUUGAUUCUGACAAAUUGCUAGAUUCACCAAGUAAUCCAUCUAGUCACGCUUCUCCAUUUGUUCUUGCAGCCGAAUUCCAUGGUGUGAAAUUUAUCCCUCAUAUUAUUAAUUUCAUUAUUCUCACAUCAGUCAUCUCCGUCGGGAAUUCAGCGAUGUAUUCCGCACCACGUAUUUUACUAUCAUUGGCUGAAAACGGUCUAUGUCCAAAAAGUUUUACCUACGUAGACAGAGAAGGUAGGCCGUUGGUAACAAUGAUUGUGGUGUGUAUUUUCGGUCUCAUUUCCUUUGCGGCUGCAUCUGAAAACCAAGAAUCUAUUUUCACUUGGUUGAGUGCGAUUGCAGGUUUGUCCCAAUUGUUUACAUGGACUGCUAUAUCUCUUUCCCACGUUAGAUUUAGGUCUGCCAUGAAGAAGCAAGGCAGAUCACUUGGGGAGUUAGGUUAUAAGGCAAAGACCGGUUCCAUUGGCUCAUAUUACGCCAUUUUCUUCAAUAUUGUUGUUCUAGUCGCACAAUUCUGGGUUGCAAUUUCCCCCAUUGGUAAUGGCGGAAAAUUGAAUGCUGAGAAGUUCUUCCAAAACUAUCUUGCGUUCCCAUGCUUGUGUCUCUUCUAUUUCGGGUACAAGAUCUAUAACAGAGAAACCAAAAUAAUCAUCCCUGCUGACAAGAUCGAUCUGCAAUGCCACAGGCAAAUAUUCGAUGAAGAGAUUAUUAAGGAAGAAAAGUUGGAGCGCAAGAAUCGUAUGAAGAGUGCAUCGUUUACAAAGAGAUUAUUCGAUUUCUGGUGUUAA